AUGGUAAACGACGAGUUCAAAACUGUGACGUUCCUGCAGUUCUUCAAGAGCACCGUCGUCCUGUGCUUCAGCCUCUAUCAGCUGACGAUGUCGGAGCUUGACAGCAGUCUAGCUGACGUGGGCCUUUAUGUUUGCUGCACACUCCUGCAGGUUUUCUACUACUGUUGGUUCGGGAACGAGGUCAAGUUGAAGGUGCUUUUAUCUUCUCGAUCGUCAUUGUAUGAUCCCAUGAUCAGUCUCGAAGUGCCCGACAUGAUUUUCGAAAGCGAGUGGACGUCGUUGAGCAACAAAGCGAAGAAGAUUCUACUGAUGAUGAUGAGACGGGCUACGGAGCCGAUAGAGCUCAGCAGCCUCUACAUCCUCACCGUCAACCUCGAGACCUUCAAGGCGGUUCGUACGAAAUUGUUUCUUGUUUUCUUAAAAAGGGUCACUUACCGAUCGAUUAUCAACCGAUAA